AAAUAUGAAAAAAGAUUUUUUCUCUCCUAUAUCUAAGCACUAUGAGUAGCUCUUCUGACUUAGAAAGAGGGCAGGAUCCUUCUAGUAUUUCAAUAGGUCAUAAUUCCGAUGAGGAUAAUUCAAUCGAAAAACAUAAUAAAAACGAAACUUCUGCCACCGUUGUUGAAGAUCCGUAUUUAGUAGUAUUUGAUGGUAAUGAUGAUAAAGAAGAUCAAACUGGGUUAUCGACGUUCCGCAAAUGGUUGAUUGUUAUAAUUGUAUCAGUUACUUCACUUUGCGUUACAUGUAUAUCAUCACUGUGGUCUUUGGCUUCUUCAAAUAUAAUUAAGGAAUAUGGUAUUAAUGCGGAAGUAAGUGCCCUAGGUAUCACCCUAUUCAUUUGGGGAUUGGGGAUGGGCGGAAUUUUUUUGGCUCCAAUUAGUGAAUAUCAUGGAAGAAAAAUUGUUUACCUAACCGGUCUUUUGGCAACUUUAGCUUUCCAAUUUUUAACUGCUUUUUGUAAAAAUAUUGGUGGUGUCUUAUUUGGUCGUUUCGCUUCAGGUUUUUUUGCAUCUUCUUUUAUGUCAGUGGCCAGUGGUACUUUCACGGAUAUAUUUAGAGUACCGGUUCUUAAAAGAGGUGAUUCUAAAUACGUUGCUCAACAAGCUAAAAGAUUAGGCAGGUCCCUAGUUUUAUAUUCAUCUUCGGCUUUUAUAGGUCCAGGAUUGGGCCCAAUCAUAUUUGGUUUCGUUAAUAUGCAUCCUAAGAAUUAUAAAUGGACGUUCUAUACCAUGAUAAUUUGGACUUUUGUCUCCCUCUUGUCUAUUUUAUUUUUUGUACCUGAAACUUAUGAACCUAUUUUAUUGAAAAGAAAAGCACAACGUUUAAGAGCAGAAACUGGAGAUUCUAAUUAUUAUGCUGCUUUAGAAAAAUCCCAAAUUCCUUUACAUAAAAGUAUCUUAACCUCCUGUGAACGUCCGCUCGAAUUAAUUUUCAGAGAUCAAAUGACUUUUGCUCUUUGCUUCUACACCGCUUUCACUUUGGCAAUUGUUUAUAUGUUCUUCGUUUCAAUUCCUUAUACUUUCCAAACCGUCUAUAACUUUAAUCUUUAUCAAGUUGGUUUAACUUUUAUUGGUAUCACCUUGGGUUUCAGUAUUACUUCUUUAGUCAGCCCCAAACUUACCGAAGCUUUACAACAUAAAUUACUCUUGAGAAAUAAUGGUGUUUUUAAACCAGAAAUUAAAUUGGCUUCGUUAAUGGUAGGUGUUUUCAUUGUUCCAAUAGGGUUACUCAUAAUGGCCUGGACUUCUUAUUCUCAUGUCCACUGGAUGGGUCCCAUCAUUGGGAGUUUCAUCUAUGCCAGCGGUGCUAUCUUGGUGUUCACUGGAAUAUUUUCCUACCAAAUCAUUGCUUAUCAAAAAUAUGCUGCUUCGGCAAUGUCAACUAAUUCGUUCAUAAGAUCAUUAUUGGCAGGCUCUUUUGACCUUUUCGCUUUGAAAAUGUAUAAAGGUAUGGGUGUUCAUUGGGCUACCACUUUUUGGGCUUUAUUUUCCAUGCUAUUAAUCCCACCAGCUUUUCUUUUCUACAUAUACGGUGAAGAUAUUAGGAAAAAGAGUCGCUUCACCUGGUCGGAUUAAUCGCUCCGGUCCCCGGUCUUUUCUCUUAUAUAUGAUGUAAGCUUGCAAAACGCAUAUACCUAUUUCUCACUCC